AUGCAGCAGAUUCCCGCCCAAAUGACUCGUUCUCACAAGUACAACGACCGUGACCACAAGGGCAUUGCCGACGGCAGCGUCUCUCCAACAGAUAACUUGCCGCGCUUCUUUGCCAAGAACGGCUUCGUGGACACGGAUCCCAAGAAGAUCAAGAAGGACGGCUCUGGUAAGGGCAACUGGGGAACCGCCGGCGAGGAAGUCGUGGAUGAAGGCUUCCGCUUCACCAAUGCCCGUCGCCGCUCCAACAGCUUUUCCCACCACAACCUUUCCGACUUCAAGACCAAGUUUGAGGUGAACGAGCCUGACCCUCUCUUUGAAGAGUCCGUCCACGGACCUAUGGAUGAGGACAACGGCGAUGACCUCUCCAAGACGGACUCCGCCGAGAGUGUUCACUCCGUCUAG